AUGAUGGAGGAGAGCCAAGAAAUCAGGGUGGCUGAGCCGGGCCGCAGUGCCCAGCCACCUCCCCGGGCUGCUCCGGAGGUUUCCCGGGAGCCUUAUCAGAUUUCCUGCCCUCGCCGCCGCGGCGGCCCCCGCCGCCCCCCGCCCGCCGCGCCCCCCGCCCGCCGCCAUGGGCGCCGCGGCCUGCGCGCCCUGCCCUGGGCGCUGCUGCUUUCUGGGCCGCUGCUGCCCGGGCUCCUGCAGGCCAACCCCAUGCUCACCUCCGAGGUCCAGCCCGCGCCGCUGCGCGGCGAAGUGCCCGGCUUCACCGCCGCGCCGCCCGCCGCCCCCGAGGAGAUCCACCCGCUCAAGGAGCAGCCGGCCAACGGCUCGGGAGAGGGGCACGCCAAGCACCGCAAAGCCUUCCCGGUCAUCGGCAUCGACUACACGCACGUCCGCAUCCCCUUCGAGAUCUCCCUCUGGAUCCUCCUGGCCUGCCUCAUGAAGCUGGGCUUCCACGUGAUCCCCUCUGUGUCCAGCAUCGUUCCCGAGAGCUGCCUGCUGAUCGUGGUGGGCCUUCUGGUCGGGGGGCUCAUCAAAGGCGUGGGUGAGAAGCCCCCCAUCCUCAAGUCGGACAUCUUCUUCCUCUUCCUCCUGCCCCCCAUCAUCCUGGAUGCCGGCUACUUCCUGCCCCUGCGCCCCUUCACCGAGAACCUGGGCACCAUCCUCAUCUUCGCCGUGGUGGGCACGCUCUGGAACGCCUUUUUCCUGGGGGGGCUGAUGUACGCCGUGUGCCAGCUGGGCGGGCCCGGCCUCAACCACAUCGGCCUGCUGGCCAACCUGCUCUUCGGCAGCAUCAUCUCGGCCGUGGACCCCGUGGCCGUGCUGGCCGUCUUCGAGGAGAUCCACAUCAACGAGCUGCUGCACAUCCUGGUCUUCGGGGAGUCCCUGCUCAACGACGCCGUCACCGUGGUCCUCUACCACCUCUUUGAGGAGUUUGCCAGCUUCGAGCAGGUGACCAUCCUCGACAUCAUCCUCGGCUUCCUCAGCUUCUUCGUGGUGUCUCUGGGCGGGGUCCUGGUGGGCGUCAUCUACGGGGUGAUCGCUGCCUUCACCUCCCGCUUCACCUCGCACAUCCGCGUCAUCGAGCCCCUCUUCGUCUUCCUCUACAGCUACAUGGCCUACCUGUCUGCCGAGCUCUUCCACCUGUCGGGCAUCAUGGCGCUCAUCGCUGCUGGUGUGGUCAUGCGGCCCUAUGUGGAAGCCAACAUCUCCCACAAGUCCCACACCACCAUCAAGUAUUUCCUCAAGAUGUGGAGCAGUGUGAGUGAGACCCUCAUCUUCAUCUUCCUGGGUGUCUCCACCGUGGCUGGUCACCACUACUGGAACUGGACCUUCGUCAUCAGCACGCUCUUCUUCUGCCUCAUCGCCAGGGUGUUGGGUGUCCUUGUGCUCACCUGGUUCAUCAACAAGUUCCGGAUCGUGAAGCUGACGCCGAAGGACCAGUUCAUCAUCGCCUACGGGGGCCUGCGGGGAGCCAUCGCCUUCUCCCUCGGCUACCUGCUGGACUACAAGCACUUCGGCAUGAGGGACAUGUUCCUCACCGCCAUCAUCACCGUCAUCUUCUUCACCGUCUUCGUGCAGGGCAUGACCAUCCGGCCCCUGGUGGAUCUGCUGGCUGUGAAGAAGAAGCAGGAGACGAAGCGCUCCAUCAACGAGGAGAUCCACACGCAGUUCUUGGAUCACCUUCUGACAGGGAUUGAGGAUAUCUGUGGUCACUAUGGGCAUCACCACUGGAAGGACAAGCUGAACCGCUUCAACAAGAAGUACGUGAAGAAGUGCCUGAUCGCGGGGGAGCGCUCCAAGGAGCCCCAGCUCAUCGCCUUCUACCACAAGAUGGAGAUGAAGCAGGCCAUCGAGCUGGUGGAGAGCGGGGGCAUCGGCAAGAUCCCCUCGGCCGUCUCCACCGUCUCCAUCCAGAACAUCAACCCCCAGACCCUCCCUCUGGAGCGCGUCCUUCCAGCCCUGUCCAAGGACAAGGAGGAGGAGAUCCGGAAAAUCCUCCGCACCAACCUGCAGAAAACCAGGCAGAGGCUGCGAUCCUACAACCGGCACACGCUGGUGGCUGACCCCUACGAGGAAGCCUGGAACCAGAUGCUCCUGAGGAGGCAGAAGGCCCGGCAGCUGGAGCAGAAGAUGAACAACUACCUGACGGUGCCGGCACACAAGGUGGACUCGCCCACCAUGUCCCGGGCUCGCAUCGGCUCAGACCCGCUGGCCUACGAGCCCAAGGAGGACUCGGAGAACCUGCCCAUCAUCACCAUCGACCCGGCCUCGCCGCAGUCCCCCGAGUCCGUGGACCUGAUGAGCGAGGAGCCCAAGGGCUGCGGUGGCCUCCCGCCCUCGCCCGAGGAGGAUGAGGAGGGGCUGGUGAUGCGGGUGAAGGAGCCUUCCUCCCCGGGGACUGACGACGUCUUCACCCCGGGGACCAGCGACAGCCCCAGCAACCAGCGGAUGCUGCGGUGCCUGAGCGACCCCGGCCCGCGGCCCGAGCCCGAGGAGGGCGAGCCCUUCAUCCCCAAGGGGCAGUAGCUGCUGGCACAAAGCCUCCAAAUCGUUUCUCUCUCUCUC